CUCUUGUCAACACUUUCAUCCAUCUACAAAAGCCUUCCAUCCGCCCGCUUCAUCUUGGAGUAGGCAGACCCCCUGUUACUUUAAAGUCCUCCCUCGAGCUUAUCACGUCUUACGAAUUCCUUAGCCUUUUUUAUCAACUAGACCUUUCUUAACAACCGCCAUGGAAGACGAAGUUGCCGCCCUCGUUAUUGACAAUGGAUCUGGUAUGUGUAAAGCCGGUUUCGCCGGAGAUGAUGCUCCCAGAGCCGUUUUUCCCUCCAUUGUUGGACGUCCUCGUCAUCAUGGCAUCAUGAUUGGUAUGGGCUCAGUCCAAGCGUGGUAUCCUGACUCUAAGAUAUCCCAUUGAGCACGGUGUCGUGACAAACUGGGACGAC